CUGGACUUAACCUACCUCCACAUUACCUCAUCAAUGAAAAGCCAACCAGAUGGCGGACUCGACAGAGGAGGAUCAAGUGCGUGAUGAACAAGAGAAAGCCAUUCUUCAGGUCCUUAAAGCUGAUAGGAAAAGCCAGCGUCUGGCACCAACAAGGCAGGAGAUGGAUGCUUUGGAACCAUUGAGAAAGACCCGCCACGGCCCUCCGAUCAAGUACAUAGACACACUGUCUGGGGAAGAUUACGUCAGCCAUAACUCACACCUGGGCUCCAUCUUCUCCAUUGCACUGUUGCGGCUCCAGCCAGAAGGCGACACAGGCCUGACACAGGACAUGGAGGGGGCCACCCUCCAGUGUUGUAUCCCAGCCGCUAUUGCCCCUUCAGAGAGGGCAUUCACCUGGUGACAAUAGUGUGACCUGCCACAGAUCUGCUUUGGAGCCAGUAUCAGUUUGCAGACUUGUUUUAUGGCUAACAACCUAGAUGGUAGUUGUUAGCAAGGAGGCUGGCUAAGUAAACCGGUAACAGUAUUUGUCUUUUUGUACAGAUAGAGUUGAACCGUUGUACUUUGAACAUGCACUGUUGUAUUUUGAGUUAAAGCAAGGCCAACCAAGUAAAGAGGUAAGGAGCCUUUUUUUAAAUUUGCAAUAUGCUGGCCUAUCCCAGCAACGCUGUAAAUGAAAAGCAGUAUUUUAUUUUGCAUUUUGAGUAUUUUGAGUGUUGCAUUGCAUCUGGUAUCUCAUGUUGUCUAAUUGGAUUUUACACUUAUUAAUAGUUAUGAAUAUUAUAUUAAAUAUCUGUAAAGGCCGAUCCGCUAGGUGCAACUUAAUUGUAGACACUGCAAGUUGUAUAUGAAGUCGCGGACUCGGUCCAGUUUGGCUCAGAGAGAGGACAGAGUGCCUGCUAUAGACGACAUGAAGUUUUAUGCAAUAAUAGCCUAGCCUAGCCUAUUAGUAAAACGGCGAAUAGUGAUGGUAGGCUACAACCGUUUUUUUCUUUCGUUUAAUUGUUCACAGUAGCCUAAGCCUAGCAAUGAUCAAUGGGCGAGAUCAUAAAUAACAUUGGAGUAUUCUGCAGCUGCAAUAAAAUAGGUCAUCAUUUCAGAUAAGACUCUGGAAACGAAACCUAAACUCAACCAAGUCUGCGGAGAGACGACCUUCGUCGAAUGAGUCCCUAUAGCGAGAUCUCUCUACUCUCCAGGAGUGAGGCGCGCCUCCAGGGCACCACCAGCCCGAGACGGCAAGUUGGUGGUCGUGGGGUCGCCAUGCUGCUGCCGGACAAUCGGACGGAGGUUUGGACCGACAUAUUGGGCUUCAACAGGACGGGUCUCGGUGCCGAGGAGGACCCGGGAGGUCCAGAGGCUGUAGCAGUUCCUGUGAUCUUCGGAGUUAUAUUUGUGCUUGGCGUUGUUGGGAACAGCUUGGUUAUGUUUGUCAUCGGCAAGAAUAAGUCCGGAAAGCGCUCUGGGAGCACCACCAACAUCUUCAUCCUGAACCUCAGCAUAGCAGACCUGUCCUUUCUGCUUCUUUGCGUCCCGUUUCACGCAACUAUUUACUCUCUGCCUGAGUGGAUAUUCGGAGCGUUCCUAUGCACAUUUGGACACUAUUUUGUCAUGGUUAGUAUGCUGGUGAGCAUUUUUACACUUGUGGCCAUGUCGGUGGACAGAUACAUCGCCGUGGUGCACUCCAAAAAGGCUCCGUGCAUUCGCAACCGGAGAAAUGCCCUGAUCGGAGUUGGUCUCAUUUGGGGAUUGUCCUUCAUCUUCGCCAUCCCAGUGGCACAGCACCAGAUCUUAACAAACCACCCCAACGCCCCUAACAGCACGUUUUGUUGGGAGGUGUGGAUCGGUGCAUCAAAACAAACAUAUAAAGUCACUAUUUUUGCGUUUGGUUAUCUGCUGCCUUUGGGGCUGAUCAUAUGCUGCUAUACAAAGGUAUUGUUUCAUCUACAUAAGAAGCUUAAGAAUAUGUCAAAAAAGUCUCAACGUUCAAAAAGAAAGACCGCCCAGACCGUACUGCUGGUGGUCACCGCCUUCACCAUCUGCUGGAUGCCCUACCACAUCAUCACAAUGUGGGUGGAGUUUGGCACAUUCCCCCUGACGGACGCCUCCUUCGUCUUCCGCAUCGCGGCCCACUGCCUCUCCUACGGGAACUCCUGCAUCAACCCCAUACUCUACGCCUUCUUGUCUGAAAACUUCCGCAAGGCAUGCCACCAGGUUUUCAACUGCCAAUGCCUUCGUCCACCACCCCCUGUUGAGAAGGUGAAGCGCAGCCGCAUGGACACCUUCUCCACCACCCAUUCCGGCGCCAACAUAUGAGAAGAGAGAGCAAUUUUCGGUUGGUGAAUUGUCCUUUCCGUGACACCUGGAAGGAGAAAGAAAUAAACCAGAAACAAAGGGGCGGCAUGUGGCUCAGGAGGUAGAGCGGGCUGGCUGGUAAAGGGAAGGUUGUUAGUUCGAUCCCCGAGUGUCGAGGUGUCCCUGAGCAAGACGCCUCACAUCAAACUGCUCCCGAUGAGCUGGCUGUCGCCUUGCAUCGUUGACACUAACAUGACUUAGGGAAUAUUGUGCGCUUUGUGUGGCCACUGUUUUAAAAAAAAAAUGCUGUAUGAAUGCAGUCCAAAAAAUAAAGAAACACUGAAAAGGAAAAC